GAGGGAGCAGCGGAGAGACAGUGAGCAGUCACCGUGUCGGGGAGGACGCCACGAUGCGGCUCUACUUACCGCAGCUGCUGCUGCUCGGUCUGCUGCGACCCUGCACCGCCGGAACCCCACUGACACAGCUGUGUGAACACACAGAUGGCACCAUUUACAACUACCAUGCAAAGGCUUUAAACGACAGUCGCACUGUAAGCCUCAGUGACUACAAGGGUAAGAGUGUCCUCUUCAUCAACGUCGCCACCUACUGAGGAUACACCCACCAGUAUGUGGAACUGAAUGCACUACACGAGGAGAUGAAACCUCUUGGCUUCACCAUGCUCGGCUUCCCCAGCAACCAAUUUGGGAAACAGGAACCAGGACAAAACCAUGAAAUUCCACCAGCUUUAAAGCAUGUUAGACCAGGCAAUGGAUUUGUUCCAAACUUCCUGCUGUUUGAGAAAGGUGAUGUGAAUGGAAGAAACGAGCAAGAGGUUUUCACUUUCCUUAAGAAAUCCUGCCCUGCGGUCGGAGACCUCCUGGGUGACCCUGCCAGAAUGUUCUGGGAGCCUGUGAAGCUCAGCGACAUCAAGUGGAACUUUGAAAAGUUCCUGGUGGGACCGGACGGAAAACCGGUGAAGAGGUGGCACCCAAGUGUCAACGUUUCCACGGUCAAAGCCGACAUUCGCCAAUACCUGCUCCAACUUUACACACAGGAGAUUUUUAAUUAGAUCUCUGAGUCAUCAUACUGUGUUUUGCAUCUAGUGAAGUUCCUGUAGUGAGAUGCUCAGGAUAAGUAGAGCUAAUGUAGACUGUGAAAGAGCGUUAGAGUAAUGUUAACAGAUUCUUACACACGAAGAUGGCAUGUUGAAUGAAGAGGAGGCAUGAAAACAGGAACUCUGUGGUGCCUCUUCUGAGUCUGGGCUUCAUGUCGGCUCUUCAGUGCAUUCGAGCUGCCCUGCAAUCCCACAGCAUCAUGUCAUCUUCUCCCUCCAGGACCUGUUAAGUCAUUACAGCCUAAAUGUUAAUUACUUCUAAUAAAUCAAAGAGAGAAACACA